AUGGCUGACGAUCUAGAGGCACGUCUUGAGAGUCACGCUCAGGCAUUCGAGGGUCUUCUCUCGCUGAUCCCCGCCAACGAAUACUACUCAAAGGACAACAGCGACCAAUGGCAGCGCAAGAAGCAGACAAAAGAGCAAAAGCGCCAAGCGAAGCGCGCAAAACUUGACCCUGCAAACCAGAAAUCCGCAAAGGACGUUAUGGAUGAGAACGAGCGCAAGAGGAAGCGAGAGCUGGGAAUCGACUCGGACAACGAAGACUCUUCUGCACAGAUCGAUUUGCCUGCCGAGAAGGACCAACCGACCAAAAAGCAAAAGGUCGACGAAGAGGACGACGACGAGGAUGAUGACGACGAUGCCGAUGCCGAUGCCAACUCGACCAGCAAAAAGACACAAGCAGACAAGAGAAAGGAGAAGCGCCGCCUAAAGAAGGAGAAGGCCGACAAGCAAAAGGCAAAGCUGGACGCUAAGAAGGCUGCCCGCAAGCAGGAACCUCAAUCCGCUGCUGGCGCCGAGGAGUCUGGCGACGAGGAUAUGGAAGACGCUGACGAUGUAUCUGUCGACGAGGCAGCCGACGAUGCUAUGGACUUCUCUGGUCUGGUUGACAACGACGAAACCUCGACGCCCGCAAGCCCCGACCAAGCUUCUGUAUUCGACAACUCCGCAAACCAAUCUGCCACAUCCUCCUCGUCGUCAAUAGUUCCCACUUCAAAUCCCACAGAAGAGGACGCACCUGCCGCCACAAAGCCCAAGAAGGCACUUGCCCUUAAGCUACCAGAGGUCAACGCCGAGGAGCUGCAAGCUCGUCUAAAGGCCCGCAUUGAGGCUCUCCGUGCCCAACGUAAGGCCGAUGGUCCUGCUGGCGGCCCUCGCAACAGACAGGAACUGCUCGAGUCGCGCCGCAAGAAGGAGGAAGCUCGCAAGCAGCACAAGAAGGAGUUGCGCAUCAAGGCCAAAGAGGAGGAGGAGCGUCUGAACAACGAACGCCUUCGUGGCAGCGGCAGCCCCCUCGCCACCCCUGACAUUUUCUCACCGCGCCCCGUAGACGAGAACAACUUCUCAUUCGGCCGUGUUGCAUUCGAUGAGGAAGAGACCGACCCUACACUCGGUUCCAUCGCUGCACACAAGAAAAAGAAGGGUCCCUCAGACAUCAAGACCGCCUUGGCCGCUGCCGAGAGAAAGGCCCAAAGACUUGCUGGCAUGGACGAGGAUAAGCGCAAGGAGAUUGAGGAGAAGGACAUGUGGCUCAAUGCAAAGAAGCGUGCACAUGGCGAGCGCGUCAAGGACGACCAAUCCCUCCUCAAGAAGACUCUGAAGCGCAAGACCGACCAAAAGACAAAGAGUGCGACACAAUGGAACGAGCGCCUCGACAAUGUCAAGAAGGGCAAGGAAAUGAAGGACAAGAAGAGAACCGAGAACCUCGCCAAGAGAGCCGCAGAGAAGGGCUCCAAGAAGGGCGGCAAAAAGGGUAAGAGCGGUGGCGCCAAAAAGAAGGCAAGACCAGGCUUCGAAGGCAAGCACGCUUGAUCUUGACAUUAUUCUGUUUCGUUCUUUCCCAACACAUUAGCGGAUCAUGGUUUUUCUUACAAAAAGGGGGUGGUCCUUUCUAUUCUUUCUGGGUUUGUUUGGCUUGGGGUUCUUCGGUAUUUUGCAGAAAGGGUUCUGUUAACAAAAAUUGCUUGAUACCUCAUGGGUUUUAUUUAUUUAGCCUUAGUUUUUUGGUGUCUACAUGCCAUUGUAUACAACAGUUUCAUCACC